CACCGCUAUAAGAAAGAAGCGCACAAGCUUGUCAUGACGUAGCAGACUGGUUUAGCUGCGGUCAAGUUGAUUUGGAGUCUUGCAGGAGCUAGUCGCCACCCUGCACACGGAGAAACCAGUAGGAGAAAUUUGUUAAAUGUCUUCACCAACCCCAUUAGACGAUGACAACGAGCUGGAAGAAGUAGAGUUUGUAUCGGAGGGCCCUUUUAGACCAGUACUGGAAUGCAUUGACCUGCUGAGUGACAGUGAGGAUGAAGGGUGCUCGUCACUGGCUGGCAUGCUUGAAGACAAAAUCAACAGACACAAAGCUCAUAUAGCGUCUACACUUGACAGACUGGCACAUAAGGUGGCCCAGGAGAAAAAAGAGAGAGCGGAUAAAUGUAAAGCAUUUAAGGAAAAACAAAUCUUACAAAAAGCUCAUGGGCAGCAAGAGUUGGCUGGUUCUUCAGCAAAUGGUGUAAGCAUGGAAGCAAAGCGCUGUGUGGACAUGUGGUUAAAGAUGCCAGGCCCCAAGCCUGGAGUGAUCAGUGCCGGUUCAGGAAGCAGACGCGCUCAUGCCGCUUUCCCUAGAAGCAGUUCAGCUGGUCACACUUGCCCAGUAAUUGAUUGCGGUCGUGUUUACGAGAACAUUUCCCUCCUUGAUGGCCACUUGAAGCGGUUUGAUCACUCUCCAUGUGACCCAACAAUUCAUCUCAGAGGAAGUCCAUCCGAGUUCUUCGCCUGCGUUGCCUGCUGUUUGUGCUUUCAGACAGAGGAAGAAUGGAAGAAACACGCUGAAUCCAAGAUUUCCUCGUCUAGCACUGACAGUCACAACUUGGAUCAAACUUAUCAGCGGAUCGUUUGCUUUGCCUGUCCCGCUUGCUUCCUCCUCUUUAACUUACGAGACGAGUGUCUUCAGCACAUGUCAGACAAAAACCACUUCACUGAGUCUCUCGUUAUGACCAAAAGAAAAGGAACAGCGCAGCCAGUUCCGGUUCCACAUCCUGUGAAGGAUCGUCUCAUUGCUUUGUGUAAGGAUGUAGCAUUCAAGGUCCGCUGCUCCUUAUGUCACCAAGUGCUGAUUUCCCAUCAGACAGCUCAAGCUCACUUCAAUGUGCACUGCAGGCAAGGCUGCGCUGUGGCCAAGUCUGACAAAACCAUAGUGGACAUUAUGAAACAGCUUCAAGUCCGAGGCCAGUGCAUUCCCUGCUCUAAAAUCUUUCUCAACCAGGCUGAAAUCGAAAGACAUAAAGAGUCGAAGCUACACGAAGUUGAGGUCAAUCAAACAAUGGCGAAAGCACUCCUUCAGUACAGUCGCUUUGUUGAAAUGCAACAAAGUCAAAGUAAAGCAGAGAACCAUCAGAAAAGAAUAUCAUCUGGCCUUGAGGUUGAGUUUCAAAAAAUAAACAAGGAAUGGAGUGACCGCCAUGGAUUUCCAGCCAAACGACAAAGACUGAGCCGAGGCUUGAACGACAGCAGCAGCAGGACCUUGGUGGCGGCUUGGUUUUGUGAAUGCGGCCUGCAGUUUUCUGAGAAGGGCAAUGCUAGUAAGCAUCUCCUGGCUGCAAACCAGAUUUUCCACCAGUGUGGCGUUUGUGGCAAACACAUGGGGGAGUCUUCAAUCGCCCGCCUACAUAUGAGCCGUUUCCAUGGGGGAGCGCACCUCUCCAACUUCCUGUUCUUCUGCCGCAAGUGCAAAGUGGAAAUGCCCCGGCACAAAGAUAUCUUGCUGCAUGUGUCCGAAGUCCACAGUGGACACACCUACCUCACAGAGAAAGAGGUUCCCUAUGACCUCAGCUCAGACCUCGAUGCCAAACCUUCCACUAGCAUCAAAAUAUCAUUGCCCUCGCCUUCUGCUUCCAAAUUGCAGCAGGACGCGGUGGAGACGCCUUCUUCGACAGCGGGCCACACUUGGAUGUGUAGGAUGUGUGAAGACGUCUUUGACUCGGAAGCAGCUGUGUUGAAACACUGCAGCGAUUUGAGUAGUCACAGCUUCCAAAGAUUCAUCUGUGGACACUGUCCGCAGAAGUUCUUCAAAGAAUCCACAGUGCGGCGACACUGCAUGAAUGAGCACGGCGGGCAGAUAAAGAGUUUCCACUUCUGUGGCCUGUGCGACAGCAUGCAGUUUGAUACUGAGGACGAAUUCAUGGAUCAUUACAGGAAACUUCACAGUAAGGACUACUACUGCAUGGACGAGCCUGAAGUUGUUCAGCCUCCUGCUGCUGAGGAAACCAGUCAGAAUGCAUGUCCUUGUAUGGAUGGAGAAGGGUUCAUAGAGGAAAAGAAAGCUACUUAUACCCGGUGCAUGAGAAAUCUCGCUGCAGAAGGAAAAUGUCUGUACAAAUGUGCACCCUGCUGCGUAUCUGUUCCUUCUUUUGCACAGAUGAAGACUCAUAUCCUCACAAAACAUGCGGCCCUGAACCUGGAUAAAACCUUUGACGUAGUGUGCCAAGAGUGCCAGGAGAGCUUCAGCAGUGUGCCGAAGUUUCAUAAACAUCAUCAUUCGAUGCACUGUACACUGGAACCAUGCCUUAGCUCCCAGGAGUGCAUGAGGGAUUCAAAACCAGACUCCAAAACUGUAAAAAUAAUCAAUGCUGUGGAGAUCAAUUCAGGAAGUGACGAGAUUGAAGAUGAAACAUUGGUGAAGAUUUUAAGCACCAAUGAAGUCAGUGAUGAAACAGAAGGGCAUGAAGAGCAAAUAGAUGAAGAAAUGUGUCAUGCGUUGUCUUUGAGCGCAGAAGAAGCAAGAGAGGCUGCAAGAGAGUCUGCUGAUUUGGAGGAAGCUCUACAACGAAGUCUUCUGGAAUUCUAAGAACUUGGAACUUCUGUGAAAUCGUCUGUUGUUGAAAAUCUCAGUUUUCCACUCAUUGUUGUCUGAUUUAAUAAAUAAAUGUAUCUUGUCAUCAUCUUUCUUCUGUUUUGGCAACACAAGUCACGCUGCCCCUUCUGCAACUGGGCUGAUUGCAUGUUUUAUGGUUUUAGUGGGAGCUGGUUGCGUUCUGCCAAGAGUUCUGUGGAAUCUCAAACACUUUGGUGUGUUGACACAUGUGCUAUAGUUGGCAUUGGUGACACUGCAAGAUUCCUCAGUUGGCCUUGUGACCACAUUCUUGACUAUUUCUACAUCUGAUGUCUUAGGUUUCCUUAAAGACGAGAAAAAGUGUCUUAAUUUUUUUCUGAUAAGGCAUAAGUAAAAUUAAGUUUAUUGGUUAAUGUGAAAAGGAAAGUAUGAUAAUGCAAUUUGGGGCACAAAUUUAACCGUACCAUAGAAUAACAUAUAUAUAUAUAUAAUUUUAAUUUGUUGUCUCUAUACUCUUAGACAAAUGAAUAUUCAAUCACACAAAAGGAAAAAACUGAUAGCGGUUCAGGAGGUACAGCCUGUGUGUUUAUGCUCAUGUUAUUUGACACUGGAUCUUUGCAUGUAGAAUUAGGCAGGUAACGGUUGUACAACAUCAAAGUUUGAGUUUUUAAAUGAUUAAGUGAAAACCUACAAAGGCAUUUACACUCAUUUUUUCCAUAUUUGUUUAUGUUGCAGUCACAAACUAAUGUGUUUUAUCAGAUUUUUAUUUGAUUGACAAGAACACAAACUUAAUUUGGUUCUUUAGUUCUUAAUUGCAGACCUACAAAGACAUGACUGUCUGUCUGGAGCCAGGAGACUUGUAAUAAAUUUAGGUUAGCUGCAUGCCAAACUUCUCUGAUUUUUAUGUGUAAAAAGAAUAAGUAAGAAUUCUGGGUCUGUCACAUAACAAUGAAUUUAAGACAAUAUAGGGAAAGGUUUUGGAUAAACUACUUUUGCUGAAUUAUGAAUUCCUUUAUCAAAGCUAAAAAAAAACAGUCAUUUAGAGCAGGCUGUCUUUGAUUAAUACUGUAUCUGAAUAUCAUUAAGUGUAGACUGUCACUGUUUUCUUAGUUUGUCACAACAUUGUGUUUCAUUUUCCCCCUAAUCAUGUAAAAACUUUUUGCUGUACAAAUAAAAUUGCCUUUCUUUUUGCAAA